AUGGAGCAGGCGGCGGCGGGGGCGGAGGUGGCGGCCGUGGCCGUGCCGGGGCGCUGGUGCGGGGCGCACGCCGGGCGGCCGCUGGAGCUGUGGUGCGAGGACUGCCGUCGCUGCGUGUGCGCGCUCUGCCCCGCGCUCGGCGCCCACCGCGCGCACCGCGCCCGCCUGCUGCCGCCCGCCGCCGCCAGCACCCAGGAACUUGCUACCUCGUGCUUGAAGGAGCUAGACAUUAAAAAGAAGCAGGAAGUUGACAACAUAAGACACAUUGAACAAGCUUCUGUUGAUCUUGAGUCACACACAACAGCUAGUAAAGUGUGGCUGUCAAGGAAAUUCACUGAACUCCGGGUACUGCUUGAUGAAGAGGAGACCUUGACAAAGAAUUACCUAGAUGAAAAGACUCAGCAAGCUCUUCAGGCAUACAGUCAACAGGCAGAGUCCUGUAAAGAAAGAAUUAAAAUGCUGGAUAACUUCUCUGGUAAACUUAGGCAGAUACAGCAGCAAAGUGAUCCUGUUCAGUUAUUAGAGGACUACACAGAAGUGGAGAAAGAAAUGCAGGACCAUAGGAUGCCAGCCGAGCAGUGGCACCCGGUGCCUCCAUCGUUUGAGCAUGUCCUGAACCACUUCAAGUGUUUUGCAGCAGCUCUUCAGUCAGUUGUGAGUAAACCACUGGAAGCUCGUCUUAAAGAAGACAUUUUCAGUAGCCUCAACGCCACCUCAAAGAGGGAGCCUGGUACAAUGCUGAAAACUAUAUCUUCAGGUGAUCGUUCACUAUUCCUAAAACAUGCAAGAUCUCCAACCCUGGAAUAUGACAGUCUGCAUCCCAGGCUGAGGCUGUCUGAUGAUCGUCUUGCGGUAUCCAGUACCUGGAGGUGGAACUUUUACCCUUGCAGUCCGCAGAGAUUUAAUAAGUUAUGGCAAGUUAUGAGUAAAGAUUCAUUCUUCUCUGGGAGCCAUUAUUGGGAAGUGGACUUGCUUCAGGCUGGACAAGGAUGGUGGAUUGGAGCAGCCUACCCUUCCAUUGGAAGAAAAAGUGACUCUGAAGCUUGUCGGCUAGGGUGGAAUAGAGCAUCAUGGUGUAUAAAACGGUUUGAUUUUGAAUACUGGGCAUUUCACAAUGCUGAGAGAACCCCAAUUGCAACAGAAGAAGAUCCCGAACGAGUUGGUAUAUUUCUAGAUUACGAAGCUGGAAUCCUCUCGUUCUAUAAUGUAACUGAUGGUAUGGCCCACCUGCACACCUUCCGCUGCAAGUUCACAGAGCCUGUUUACCCAGCCCUGAGACUCUGGGAAGGGAGAAUAACAAUAUGCAAGUUAACUUAGAAAAUAGUGAAACAGCAGAAUGAAAUGGAAUAUGCUUUGCAGUUUUUUGCAUGUAAAACCACUGCAGUCAUAAUGUAGGUUUAAAAAAAAAACCCUAUUAGGAAUACCCAUAGGUACAUUUUUGUCUUAGUGUUGAACACUCCCUAGGAGGUGAUUCUUUAGUAUCCAGGCUGCAUAAAUUAAGUCAACUAAGGUUUUUGUCAAAUCAGUCACUACUUAAGGGACUAUUUUAGAAGGGUGAUUUUAAUAAUUGUAUUUUCAUUAACAGUAAAUACUUUCUAAUAAUGAAUGGCACUUGAGGUCCUGAGAUUUUAGGGUUUCAUCUUCUGGACAUCAGAAGACUAAAGAAAUACAUUGCAUUAUAUUUUUAUAUUGGAUUGUAAUUGACAAAAUGGGAAAAUCCUUUGUGGACUAAUUAUUAGUUGAUCACAGUUUAGAGAACUUUUGAAUGGGCGGGCUAACAGCUCCCUUUUAGCUGGCAGGGAAACUAGCACUUUACCUAGGUAUUAGAUUGAGCUGAUGAUGUAAAACAAAUAGUGAAGUUUCUUUUAUCAUUUGACAAGUUUGAAUUUGGAAGACAGAUACAAUAAAUAAAAUAGCUCUCAUACAAAAGCUUCAUCCCAAGGAAUAUCCAAGGAUAGCUUCCAGUGUUGCUUAGAGCUUCUAUUACAUUUGUCUGGAAUGGGAUCUUCUUCCCUCAUGCUAUGUGGAUCGAGUCAUUAUGUAGUCCAGGGGUGGCCAGCCUGCAGCACACGUACCACAAGUGGCACCAACAAACUGCAUGUGUGACAUGUCUGAUUGAGGAGGAGAGAGGCAACACAAUGGUAAACAGGGCAGGGAGCAGAAAGCAGAGCAGCAGGUUGGGUGAGGAAAGGGAGUCAGAGUGGCACUCAGGGAGGGUGCAGGGCUAAUUUAUGGCAUGCCUACCAAAAAGGCUGGCUCCCAGUGAUAGUCAUUGGCUAGUUUUACUUGGGAUACAGCAGUCAGAAUCUGAAGUGAGCUAAGUUAUAUGGCAACCAGACAUGCAGAAGGCUGCUCUGCAGUUCUGUACUGUCUUUUUUCUGCAAAUGUUCCCCUUCCAGGUAGUUAACCUCCACCCACAACAGAAGGCAGAAGCAUGGGAGAGGAAACUUUGUGGUGCUGUAUAGCCCACAACACCCAUAGCUGUAUUAUAAUUUGCUUUGCAGAGUCUAUUGGGGAAGGGGGAUUUUACAUUAAGCAAUUCCUUCCUAGUUUUAAAAGGCUCUCAAGAAUUACUGCUUAGUAAUGACAACAAACAUCUCAUGAGUUGUAUCCAAAGACAACUGGGAGAAGCUAUCUGUCAGGGCUGCUGUUCACAUGUACUACCUCCUACAUUCUAGAACUUGUGCAUGCAUAUGGGUGGUAGUUUCUUCCUUCAAAUUUAUAUUAAAAUCAAAUGGAUUUCUCAGGCUGUGUUCAAAGGAGGCCUUUAGCUAAUAUAGAUCAAUCUACUAUGGUUCAACAAGUGUUUUCUAACCUGCUCAGACCAGGCCUAAAAAACAGUGGUUUCACAAACAAGUUUGCACUCGAGUUCUCACCAAUCCAUUGCUCUCUGUAGGACACCAAGAAUGUGCUAAUGCUGACAAGUGCUGAAGCCCCUUAUUUUAACAGAAAGAUGGAAUCUUUUGUUUGUCAAAUAUGAUUUAUUUUGUAAAAUUUUCAAUAAAAACAUCUUUCAACAAUCA